UCUUCCGGUUUUUUCGGGUAACUGUUGUGACGUGUUUUCCAUUUUUCUGACCCCAUGCUUUUUGGCUUUGGUUCGCUAUCACAUGUUUAAAAGUUAAUAACUUAAUCUGUAAAAUAAAAUACAUAAAAUGGGAGGAAAGAAUAAACAGCGAACGAAAGGAAACGUUCGGCCGUCCAGCAGCGGGAGGGCUGCCGAGUUGCUGGCCCGGGAGAGUGGUGUCGUUCCCGGGUUCGUGGGGUUCGGCACCACAGCGACCACAGAGCUGGGCUAUGUGCCUGCUGUCCAUGGGGCAGAGGAGAUUGACAACCUGGUUGAUGCUGACUUCCGCCUGGUGUUGAGGAAACUAUCCAAGAGAGACACAGUCACCAAACUGAAGGCAGUGCAGGAGUUUGGGGCUAUGUGUCAGGAGCGGGACUCAGAGGUCGUUAAAGGAGUUCUACCUUACUGGCCCAGGAUCUACUGCAAGAUUUCAAUGGACCACGACCGACGUGUGAGAGAGGCCACCCAGCAGGCGUUUGAACAACUGGUCCUGAAGGUGCGGCGUAGUCUCGCCCCCUACCUGAAGAGUGUGAUGGGCCACUGGCUGCUGUCUCAGUGUGACAGCUAUCCCCCUGCUGCCUCUGCUGCCUGCCAGGCCUUCAGCGCUGCCUUCCCCCCCAGCAAACAGGCUGAGGCUCUUAGCUUCUGCAAGGACGAGGUUCUCACUGUGCUUCAAGACAACUUGCUGAAGGAGACCCCAGACACCCUAAGUGACCCACAGAGUGUUCCAGAAGAGGAGAGGGAAGCAAAGUUUCUCCGUCUACUUACCAGCUCUCUACUGGGGGUGAAGAGACUACUGUCCUCCUUACCCCAGACAGACACACACAACCUACAGGACAGACUGACACACCUCCUCAACCAGGCCAAGUUCUGGAAGUACAGCAGACACAAGACCCCACAGGUGCGUGGUGCUUUCUUCGAGGUGGUCUCUUCCCUGUGUGAACACACUCCAGGUCUGGUGCAGACGGAGGCUGCCAGAGUUUGUCCUGCUGUUCUGCUGUCUAUAGACGACACGGACCCGGUGGUGCUGCCUCCUCUCUGGGAAGCUGUACUCCACACACUCUCCACCUUAACAGACUGUUGGAGUCAUGUCAACGCCAGGAAGGCUGUUCUGCCUAAACUGUGGUCCCUGUUAAAGGAUGGAGGUAAAGGUUCGGCUACAGCCCUCCACCCUAACCUGCUGCCCCUCAUCAGUAAACUACCCACUGAGGUCACUACACCUAACCUAGACUUCUACACAACCUUCUACAGCUGUCUCAUACAAGGCUUGUCCAGUGAGCGUGCUGUGUCCAGUCCAUCAGAGAGUGCUGCUAUAGUGGUGUCAGCAGUCGAGUGUUUGAGAUACACUGUGUUACAGAAUACUGAGGAAGAGGAGGAACACACACAAAUACGCUCCGUGCUCCUAGAACAACAGCUCCUCCCCCUCAUUGACAGUGCCCUUGGAAGCCCCUCCCUCCAAGCCGGUCCCCUUUUCCCAUUGGUUACGGACAUGCUCAUCUCCUGGGAGAAGAGGGCUGGACUCCAGGAUGUGGGUGUGCUUAGCGAGGGAGAGAACGAGGUUGUCUUUGAUAGGCUGCUGGCAGACUUCUGGGAGGGGCUUAGGGUGAUGUUUGCCCGUCGUGUACAGAGUGACAGUCUGGAGCUGAAAGACCUGGAAGGAAUGUCCUCGCUGCUACAGGUGAUGCAGAGCCCAGUGAGUGCAGGCAGGAAGCAGACCAAGAAGAAGAGAUCGGUGAAGAUCUGUUUCUCUGAGCCAGAGAGUUCUGGUUCUCCAGAGGAAGAGGACGAGGUGGCGCUGAAGUAUGCCCAGCUGGAGGCCCCUGAGCUGGGCCAGGAGACAGCCGAGGGCCCCCUGAAGAGCUGGCACCUAGAGGAGAUUGUCUGUCAGCAGGCACAGAUCAGUUACUCCCAUGUGAAUGAGAAGAACUCAGAGAGGCACCUGGUGUACCUCUCUCUUCUUCUUCGCUCCUUCCAUACCCCCAGGGUCUUCACCAUGCUGCUCAUCACAUCAGAAGAGGAGCAAUUAAAAGGGAAAGAUGAACAGAAGGCAGACGGAGGAGGAGGAGGAAGUGAGGUGCCCCCUCCCAGUAACCCUGCUGUGCGGUUUCUGCUGGAACAUGUGGUGUUGUGGCUGGGGCAGGAGGACAGGAGAGACACCAGUUACCUGGUAGAGAUGGUGUUCAGUUCUCUACGCUGUUGCAGUCCACAGGAGACCACACGCAUCCUCAACCAUAUCACCACGAUGGAUCUGAAAUGGGGAGUUCUUCUCCAGAUCAUACAAAAGGCGUGUGCGGACCCUGUAUCUCUGCAGGCGUGUGGUGAUUGGUUUAAGGGCUCCGUGCUGGGUGAGCGGCUGCUGGGGUUGGCUGAGGAGCUGUGUGAGGCGGGACUGAAAGGGUCCGGCUCCGCCCCUAAUAGGGACAGCUGGGCUCUGAUCAGCCUAGCGCUGUCUCAGCAUCAUAAUAAUGAGCCCCUGAUAGGAGCUGUGUACGUGGAGAAGAUGAUAGCCAAACUCCAUGCCACCCUGUCGGCGGCUAAAGGUCUGUCUGAGAGGGGUAAUCUGGAGCCGCUGGUGUGUUUCAUCUGUGAUGUGGCCUCCACGUUCUUCACCUCCGUAACACACUGCCUCCUACUGGCCUCCGCUGAGGAGCUGCUGCUCACUGUCUUCACACUCACCGCACAGGACCAGACACACACACACCUGUCAGACUCCCUGCUGAACAAGCUGAGUCAGGUGUGUCAUGCCGGUGUCCUCUCAUUGGUCCAUCACUCGGGGUCAGAGGUGAAGGAGGGCAGCUUCCUAUACAGCGCUGCAUUCUGGGUCAAAACCCAGCUACUCACCUCCUCCCUGGGAGUCAAAAGUCUGCAGGUGUUGGUUCUAGCAGUCCAGAGGCUAGCUGACACACUGAGAUCUGUUGGUCAGCGAGGCUCCCUUCUCCUCUCCCAGUUCCUCUCUUUCCUGACUCCCAGCCAAUCAGAGUGGAGCAAGAUCAGACAGGCCCUGCCCCCUCAGUGGGUGAGGUCUCCCCUGCUGUCUGGACGUCUGAGGAUGGUCUGUGACUACCCCUGUAUGGAGGUCUGGAAGGUCAGAGGCUCUAGCAGACUGCCUUCCCACCUGUGUGUGUGUGCCCUGCUGUCCAGAGUGGUCUAUAACACAGAUAUGACCGCUAAUACUGAUACUGCUGUUGCUACGGCUGCAGUGUGUUCAGAUGACCAGGAGGGGGCAGGAGACUACAUGAAAGACUUCAAACACACAGUUUGUGAGCUGCUGUAUGCAGUGCAGUGGUGCAGGGAGAUGGACCAUAGUCCUGCUCUAGUAACAGAGUACUACAGUUUGUUGAAGGACUGGGACCUAACAGACCGGAUAGACAAUCAAGGACCAGCCACAGAUAUACUGGAUAUACUCUACAGCAGAUCACUAGAGGAGGGGGGACUGUGGUCUCUGACUCUACAGAACUACAUACACACCAACCACGUGGCUGAAACAGCUGGCACCAUCAACACACUCUGUGGCAGCCCUGACAGUCUGUUCCCCCUGUCAGAGAGCAGGCUCAGUACUCUACAGGUGCUGUGUCCUUAUCUGACCACAGAGGAGAGAGAACGUCUCAUUUCCCUGGCUGCUGCUGGCAUACUCAACUGGCAAGAGGACCACAGUGUGUGUGGGUGUGUGUCGGUGCUCUUGUGCUGUCUCAAGGCCUCUACACCAGUUCAGGAGGAGCUGCUAAUAGCUGUACUGGCCACCAUGAUGGAAUGGAGAAACCGCAAAGAAGACUGGUUCCUAUUCAGCAGUGACCUGUCCAAGACGACCGCGGCCCAGCUGUCUCUCAGCGUGGAGAUGAUGCGUUUCCUGUCCCGGCUGGUGACUCAUUUUCCCACAAUCCUCGGGGGCAGCCAGUGGGACUUCCUGCUCUGCUCCAUGCUGGCCUGGCUAGAGACUACUAGUGAUAAUGUGGGGUGUCUGUGGAACCCCUGGGUGCAGUUGUUGGUGUGUGAGACCUGUGAGCUGAUCGUGCAGCUGAACCAGUUCUUCACAGCGCCCCCGCCUGGUGUGGAUGACCUACUGCCCUCAGAGCUGACCGCAGAGUGGAACGCCUUCUUCAUAGAGGGAAUAUACAGCCUGAUGCUGCCCCUGCCUGGCAAAAUCACUGAGGCCUUCAAGGAGCCAGACGAUCCACUGUUCCCAUUGGCUGUCCUGCGGUCUGUGGGCAUGGCUCUGACCUACGUCCCGCUGCAGCAGCUUACCCAUAAUUCCUUGCCAGCGCGGUUCGUGGCAGACCAGAAGACGAGCCUACCUGAGGCACUGCAGACCCUACUCAACACACUAACUCCUUUGCUGCUGUUCAAAGCCAGACCGCUGCAACUCACUGUCUACCACAUACUGGACAAGGUAAUGCCUACUCUCCCAGAGUGUGAUGGAGAAGGAGACGACACCAAGCCAGAGGACGAUGGAGAGGAACCGUGUCUGUCUCCCCCGGCAGCUCUGAUGACCCUCCUCUCUACGUGUGAGGAGUUGUGUGAGAGCAUCAUGGCAGGAGUUUGCGUAGGAGAGUUUGCAGUGGUUCAACCUCUCUCUGUGGAAUACUCCUGUAUCCUGGCGUACCUGCUGGCCUGGAAACUAUUGCUCUCCUUCUUCAAGGCAUCUCCCUCCCACCUGCGUGUCCAGUACUCUCUCUAUCUAAAGAAGUCCCUCCACAAGCUCCUCCUCCACCUGUUCAGACUGAUGCCUGAAAACCCCGCCUACAUCGGCCAGGGGGCGGAGCCUGUCUCCAAGGAGACCAAGACAUUCUUCACAGAGAGCCUCUCUCUGGACGUCAACAAGUCGUCCGGUAUUCAGUAUGAGCUCUCCCACCUGGCGUGUUGUGUGUACUACAGUGCGGUACAGGACCUGCCUGCCAUGGUUAGGUUGUGGUGGACCAGUCAGGAGAAGAGAGUUAGCCACACGGUGGAUAAGUUCACAGGACGAUACGUCUCGCCUGUCCUCUCUGCUCAGGAGAUCUCCUCUGUUCACGCCAGCACACAGACCUUCGACAGCAUGACGGUGAAGGCCCGUUCGGCAGCGAGGGAGGUGAUCGCCACCUACUCAGUGGAUGAUAUCUUCAUAGAGCUGGUGAUCCAGCUGCCACAGAACUAUCCUCUAGGCUCUAUCACGGUGGAGAGCGGAAGGAGGGUGGGGGUAGCUGUUCAACAGUGGAGGAACUGGAUGUUACAGCUCAGUACAUACCUCACACACCAGAACGGCAGUAUAAUGGAGGGCCUGGCCCUGUGGAAGACCAACGUGGAUAAGCGGUUCGAGGGGGUAGAGGAUUGUAUGAUCUGUUUCUCUGUUAUCCAUGGAUCCAACUACUCUCUGCCCAAGAAGGCCUGCCGCACCUGCAAGAAAAAGUUCCACUCUGCCUGUCUGUACAAGUGGUUUACCUCUAGCAACAAGUCCACCUGCCCCCUGUGUAGAGAGACCUUCUUCUAGCAACAAGUCCACCUGCCCCCUGUAGAGACCUUCUCCUAGCAACAAGUCCACCUGCCCCCUGUAGAGAUCUUCUCCUAGCAACAAGUCCACCUGCCCCCUGUAGAGACCUUCUCCUAGCAACAAGUCCACCUGCCCCCUGUAGAGACCUUCUCCUAGCAACAAGUCCACCUGCCCCCUGUAGAGACCUUCUCCUAGCAACAAGUCCACCUGCCCCCUGUGUAGAGAGACCUUCUCCUAGCAACAAGCCCACCUGCCCCCUGUAGAGACCUUCUCCUAGCAACAAGUCCACCUGCCCCCUGUAGAGACCUUCUCCUAGCAACAAGUCCACCUGCCCCCUGUAGAGACCUUCUCCUAGCAACAAGUCCACCUGCCCCCUGUGUAGAGAGACCUUCUCCUAGCAACAAGUCCACCUGCCCCCUGUAGAGAUCUUCUCCUAGCAACAAGUCCACCUGCCCCCUGUAGAGACCUUCUCCUAGCAACAAGUCCACCUGCCCCCUGUGUAGAGACCUUCUCCUAGCAACAAGUCCACCUGCCCCCUGUAGAGAUCUUCUCCUAGCAACAAGUCCACCUGCCCCCUGUAGAGACCUUCUUCUAGCAACAAGCCCACCUGCCCCCUGUAGAGACCUUCUCCUAGCAACAAGCCCACCUGCCCCCUGUAGAGACCUUCUCCUAGCAACAAGUCCACCUGCCCCCUGUAGAGAUCUUCUCCUAGCAACAAGCCCACCUGCCCCCCUGUAGAGACCUUCUCCUAGCAACAAGUCCACCUGCCCCCUGUGUAGAGACCUUCUCCUAGCAACAAGCCCACCUGCCCCCUGUAGAGACCUUCUCCUAGCAACAAGCCCACCUGCCCCCUGUAGAGACCUUCUCCUAGCAACAAGUCCACCUGCCCCCUGUAGAGACCUUCUCCUAGCAACAAGUCCACCUGCCCCCUGUAGAGACCUUCUCCUAGCAACAAGCCCACCUGCCCCCUGUGUAGAGAGAUCUAAUCGAAACUACGUUGCCAUGGAUACGCAGAGUCAGUGUUCCGUUGCCAUGGAUGCACAGAGACAGUUUGGUUGUAUGCAUCUCCCACCACAACCUUUUUAUAGAUCAGUGCUUCGUUUUUUUUCCUCGGGACCCAAAUUGAAUCAGGUUUUCUGUCGCGAUCCAAUAUUCACAUUGUGGUUUUUGUUUUGUUGUUGUUGCCAAAAUGCAAUUUGGAAAACAAUUUUUAAAUACUUUCUUGACAGUAAAUGUAGCAAUUAUAUUAGACAAGGGAACAAUAUUCCCAUUUUUUUGGGGGGGGGGGUCAUUAAUUCCAUAUUGCUCACAGUCUUGUUUGAGACCACGUCAAUCUGCUAAAUCACACUGCUAAUAUAGCUUUAUAGUGAAAAUACUGUGAUUUGAAGAAAAAUGUAAUUUUCUGAGAAUUAAAAUGAUUGAAAUGUAGGCUAAUCUUUUACAUACGUUCUACCUGGUUUUAGUUGUUUCAAUUCAGACGAGUAUCUCAACAACAACAUCAAUGUAUUUGACUCAGACACCCCGCGACCCAUUCUAAACCUUUUGGCUUUCAGUUGGCUACCACUGCUUCAGAAGCUCUUUUGACAGCAGCGCUUGUAACUCGAGGUAAGAGUUGAGUACUAAAUAUAUCUUUUAAGACGUAAUAAUGUUUUAUAUCCAGUAGCCAAUGAGUUCCAAGGAGCCAGGAAUUGGAUCGGCGCUCGGUGAUGACAUCAGAGCAGGAGGACAGAUGGGUUGAGUUCCUGCCCCGAAUAGAUUUGUGACGCAUGCCAGAUCUCACAACGUCCGGAUAUGUGUUUAACCGCCUCUCACGUUAUAAAGCAAUCUGAUGCCCGACUGCACAGUCGUUGACGUGGCACGCGGCCAUUGGUUGGUGAUGCGAUGCAACGCCCGCGCUUCUAGUCGGGCCCGGGAACUCGACCAGAAUGUUCAGUCUGAACGAUCCAAUCAAAUUCACUUCCUAAUUUUGGUGUGAUUGACAGAGAGCGGUGAUGUAAUAUAUAUAUAUAUACACAGACUGAUGAACACAAAGUGGAUUAAUUUUAGAUAAAUAAAGAGGAUUUAUAUAUCACGAACUUAAAUCUCUCUAGUGAUAAUGACAAAGAUAGUAUUACUUGAUUGUAUUUUAACACACAGUAUAAUAACAGAGAGAGAGAGAGAGAGAGAACUAAAGCCAGAUCUGUUUGUGCUCUUGCAAACUCCAUUGCUCGUUGUCAAACCAGAACAUGACAGAUUUACAAGGAGUCGGCAUGACAACGCCAACAGACUUGGCAGCGUGACAGUGGAUCUUUAUUCUUGCCUUGUUGAUGUGGUUCAGCGUGAAUGUUGUCUAUUCUGUUUGUCUGCCAUUCCUCUGUGUCUGUCUGGUUGUAAUCUGACUGCUCUUAUGGUGUUGAAAUGAUACGUCAUUAAAUCAAUUAAAAACAGACAA